AUGAUGGAGAACAGCAGCGAUUCCCAGCCGCAUUUGUCGGGCCUUCCACCACUGCCAAAAAGUCUUAGUGCCGCCUCUGCGGCUCCUGGGGCAACAGGACCACUUCCACGCACUUCCUCGCCGCCAUCCAGUGUUUCCGCACUAGCGGUCGCCGCCGGAGAACUGUACCUAGGACCCUCCACAUCCUUGUCGGCGGCGGCUUCCAGGAAUCGACCCUAUAACGGACAUGGACAUGGCCAGCGGCACGGGAGCCUUUCCUCUACGCAGGAAUCACUCAGCGAUCGAGAAUCCGUACACAGUCGAGCAUCUAGCACACACAGUGCUGGUCCGGGUCACACACCCACGAACAGCUCGAGUAGCACUGGUGCCACCUCGUCUACUAUUGACAACCAACUGGCUAUUUUGCGAAGGGAGAUGUACGGCCUAAGACAAUUGGAUCUUUCACUGCUGUCACAACUGUGGGCACUUAACGAGUCGAUACAAGGAUUUCGGGUUUUUCUCCAGGAGCAAGAUGCGCUGUCGCCGCCAUCAAGGUCUCGCACGCCGUCAGACGCGAACUCUUUGAGCUCAGACGAAGAGGACGAUGGCUCCUAUGCGCCAGUGGCCCUUCCGAAAAUUACAGAUUCUGCAGGAGGUGGGAGUGUGAUGAACCCCAGGGCCAUGGUCUCUCCGGCAGCUAGCGGGGGACUGCCCACCAAAUUGGCAACGGGUUCUACCACCUCCCACGCCUCGACGAGUUCCACAUCGGGGGCCUCAGGGUCCUCAUCGGCUGCCUCAUCUAUGGGAAAGCACCAACAAAUGCAACAGGCGAAUCUCUACCACCAAAGGCAGGCUCCACCACCCGCACCUCCUGCCCAGCACAAGGCGCAUCCGCAAUUACCUAGAAUCCUGCAGCAGCGUAUGAGACAGGCCCCGCCUCCGCCGCCACCCACGAGGCAAAAGGGUGGCGGCGGAGCCAGCACCAGCAGUAGUAACCACAGCAUUAGCAGUGUCACCCAGCCGCAUUCACAUUCACACCAACAUGCCCACCAUUCGCGGCCUGCAUGACAAAACCCGUUCUUGGACUAAGACAAGUUCAAGAACGAAAGCAAACACAAAUAGCAGCCGCUGCCAACACUUCGGAAAAGGUCAAUUAAGCGACAUUUCCCCAAGAGUCAAUUCUUAUUUAAAUGUAGGUGAUCACAAGCUCUUGUUCUUCAACUCUUUUCUUAUUAUGCUUGCCGUAGUCGCUCGUUCUUGAUAUGAAAAACCAAACGUAUUUAUUACUGAUUGUCGAUAAAAGAUGAACAUGUCUUUGAGUGCAAGCCUACCACUUUUCACGUUAAUUAUUAAAUAAUAGACAAAAGAAAUUUGUAUUCAAUAAUUAUCUCUAAGUAGUAAAGGAUAAGAUCCUUAUAUGCAUCUACGCGUUACUCAAAUUGUAUAAACUUAAACUUAAAAUGCUUGAAAUUCCGCAUUGAACGGUUUUGCUAGAAUACAUACUAUCCAACAAAAACUAAAUCAAAUUAUAAAAAUUCAUAAAGCACUAACCAAAACUAAACUCUUGGCAUAUACAAAUGUAUAUCUGUUUUGACUUUAUUGCCCAGUAAGGUCUUAUAAUGGCGAAUCAAACGCUAACUUAUAUGUAUCUACAUCUUCGAGCAUAACCUAGCUGAUCUUACUGUUAGUCAAAUAAUCCUGUCAAGAAAACUACAAAAUCUAUGCAUAUAUAUAAAGCUCAAGCAUUGAAGAAAGUCAACCAAGCAGUUGUACAUUGCGUUUCAGUACUGAAAGUCGGUUACAUGCACAGUUCUGAAUGGCAGAAAUCAAAGUUCUUACGAUUGUGACAUUCUUAAUUGGUUCAAAUAUUUUUAUUAUAAAAUUAAUUGAUAAAUAAAUGAAAUACAACGCAACCAUCUCAUAGUUUUGGAAUGCAUAUCCAUGUACUACAUACACAAUCACAAUCAUAACAAGAUAGAAAACGAUAGUUGAUAAAACGUACUAAAUACUCAUGAGUAUGUACCAUAUCUCAAGCAUAAUAUUGGAUAUUAAUAUAUAUUACAUUACCGAAA